UUUGUCAAAAUCGCAAAAAUGACAACACGGUCAAUUUUGCAAAUCUUCGACCAGUACCAAAAAGCCCGUCUCAAUUUUGUCAAAUCGAUCGCAGAACUGGCCCUCCGCCCCGCCAACAUCCCUGUCCUCGACGAGCAAAACAUUUUAGACCUCCUCAAGCCCCUCCUUAGCGAUGUUUGCAAGCAAAUCCAGAACUGCGCCACCAUCGCCUUGGGCCGCAUCAUCCAGAACGACCACACCAUGGCGAAAAAAUUCUCCCAAACCGAGUUAAUCAAUCUUCUGUUGGCAACCCUACCCAAGGAAAAUAAACACCAGAAAAACUCAAUUCUGUUUGUCUUGCGCGCGGUUUGUAAGUACGACCCACAAUUGGCGGAGUUCGUCGUCGAGACCGGCGCCCUCAAAACGGUUAUAACCUGUAUGGAGGAUUUCGAACCGUCGGUUCAGGAGUCGGCCGCUUGGGUGAUCGGUUACAUAGCGCGUCAUAAUCAAAACUUGGCGAAAAAAUGCGUGGAAGCGGGGGCUGUGCCCUUGCUCAUCAUGUGUUUGCAGGGGCCCCAUUUGACCUUGAAACAAAUCUCAGCGAGUGCACUGUGUGACAUUGCUAAACACUCGAUUGAACUGGCGCAGAAUAUAGUCGAUGCGGGGGCUAUACCCUACUUGGCGAAAAAUCUCAAUAAUUUAGAUGAGAAACUGAAACGACAGGUUUUAGCCGCAUUGAGUUCCUGUGCCAAACACUCGGCCGAGCUGGCCGAAGUAGUAAUCGAAGCGGAAGUCUUCCCGUGUGUUUUCCUCCAUAUGGCACAUGCGUGCCCCCAUGUUCGCAAAAACGCCGCUGGUUUGACCCGUGACGUUGUCAAACACACUCUCGAACUCACACAACUUAUUGUCAAUACGGGCGGGAUUGGGGCCUUGAUGGAACUCCUCACUGAGGAUCCGGGCGAAGCCCGAAUACCCUGUAUAACCGCUUUGGGGUACAUUGCCGGGCACUCUGAUCAAUUAGCAAUGUCGGUGCUCGGUUGUAAAGCUAUAGUUUUGCUUGGGGCGAUUUUAAACGAUUCGAAAGAUGAAAAUGUGUUAGCAGUGACGGCGUGGACUAUUGGACAGAUUGGGAAACACAGUCCUGAACAUGCAAAAGCAGUGGCGGCGGCGAAUUUAUUCCCCAGAUUGGUGCAAUUGUAUGUGAGCGAGGAGACGUCCGAAGACCUCAAGUUCAAGUGCAAGUUGGCGUUGAAAUUGUGUCUGCAGAAGUGUCUUCUGGUGGCGGCGCUUGAACCCCUGCUCUACGAUGCGCCCCCCAAUAUACUCAAGUACGUGCUGGGGCAGUACAGCAAGAUUCUCCCUCACGACCCCAAAGCCCGGCGCCUUUUCGUUACGACAGGUGGCCUGAAGAGGAUGCAAUACAUCGAAGCCCAACCCGGAACGACGCUCAUGGAAUACAUAUCAAUCAUUAAUUCCUGUUUCCCGGAAGAAAUCGUUCGAUACUACUCGCCCGGAUAUCCGGAAACUUUACUAGACAAAGUGGAGCAAUAUUCCCCCCAAAUGAUGACAGUUUUGCAAGAAUCGCCGAGUAAAAACGAAGAGACGCAAGUGAUGUUACCACACGCCUCACCGAGUGAAGAAUUAGAGAAUUUGUUGAUCUAGUAAUAACUGGUGCGAAAAUAAAUAAAUCGAAUGAUUGAUUGA